AUGCGUUCCGUGUUGGCUAAUGCGGACGACAAUGCCGCCCUGCGAGCUCGCGCAUCGCGGGCCGCCGAGCAGCUGGAUCGAUUAAGUCAAGGCAAGUCAUCUUCAGGUCAUUCAAGUGGUAUUUCAACACCCAUUGCCGAAGAUGCUCCUCCGUCUGUACAAUCAAUUUCCUCUGCCAGGAAACAAGUCCGUGCUCAGGUGAAGACUCGGCUGUUCCAUAAUAUCGAUUACCAACCACGCCUGUCACAUUUUGAUCCGAAUUCUGAGAACCAGAACUUCCGCGGCUUUUUCGUAUUGUUCUGGAUCAGUUUAGUUAUCAUGGUCAUUACCACAGUGCUACGUAAUGUGAAGGAUACAGGGUAUCCUUUACGAGUACAGGUUUGGUCGUUACUAUCAGCAAACGUUUUCCAGCUUGGUCUAUGUGAUUUGGCGAUGGUCUUGAGCACCUGCCUAACGCUUCCGCUACACCAAACUAUUCGAUCAAGCAAAGGAUGGCUCCGGUGGUCAAAUUAUGGAAUGACAGUUCAAAGUUUACUACAGCUUGCUUGGCUAAAUAUCUGGGUCGCAAUACCUUUCAUGCUAGACUGGACUUGGACUGCGCAAGUUUAUUUGACGCUGCACACACUUGUUCUCUUGAUGAAGAUGCACUCCUAUGCUUUCUACAAUGGCCAUUUAAGCGAAACGGAGCGACGCCUUUCAUCCCUAGAUAAUCCAAAAGGUGCUAAGUUCUCCGCAGCCAUACGGUAUCCAAGAUAUUGUCUUGGGAUAGCAAGCCAGGCGGAUAAUGUACAAGCCAUAAAUUGCCAGGAAGAAUGCAAGAAGUCCGUCGCUGAGCUUCGAUCCGAUCUUGCCACAGAGCUUACCUCUACCCUUGGUCACGUCACGUACCCUCAGAACCUAACGUGGAAAAACUACGCGGAUUUUAUAAUGUGUCCAACUCUCUGCUACGAAUUAGAAUACCCGCGCACUAAAGAAACUCAGUGGACUAAAGUUCUGAUCAAGUCAUUGGCUGUCUUUGGAUGUAUAUUUUUACUGACUCUAACCUCUGAAGAAUUCAUUGUGCCAGUAUUAAACGAUUCCGCAUACCGAUUGCAUAGAGUAGACGCCUGGUCUGAGAAGGGUCUGAUACUAGCGGAGACAAUAAGCAUGCUUUUGUUCCCUUUUAUGGUUACAUUCUUGCUGGUAUUUUUGGUCAUUUUCGAGUAUACCCUGGGUGCUUUUGCAGAAAUUACUCGUUUUGCAGAUCGCAGGUUUUAUUCGGACUGGUGGAACUCGUGCGACUGGUUGGAAUUCUCUCGAGAAUGGAAUAUCCCCGUCCAUCACUUCCUUCGCCGCCACGUAUACUUUUCUUCCUUAACGAAAUUUUCGAGUUCCGGCGCCAUGUUUAUCACCUUCCUUGUUAGCUCGAUUGGUCAUGAGUUGGUCAUGGGGUGCAUCACCAAGAAACUUCGUGGAUACGGGUUUCUGGCGAUGAUGCUCCAGCUACCAAUUGUGGCAGCACAACGGUCAAAAUUCGUGAAGGGGCGAAGAACUUUCAAUGUAUAUUACCCUAUAUUGCUACAUUUUACGAGCUUCACACUGACUCCAUCCAUCAUUGUAGAACGUUUGUUUUUGGACCUCCAUGAUUCUGGGUCUCUCGAUGGUAUUGUUUCCACCCCCUCCUCGGCCACAGCAUCGUACUAA